AUGCUGCACCUCGCUGUACUCCUCUCCGCCCUUGCUUGCCUCGUUCCUGAUCUGGCCUACGGCGGACACACCGUAUCGGUCCGGAGCAAGUCUGGCAGUGCGGUCAAUUUCAUAGGCAGGGACGGCCCUGGAAGCCGUCAAUGGUCCGGUACUCAGACAGGUCCGUACGAGUCAGCCGAAGGAGAUCCGUGGCGCCGCCCGUCGGGCCCCGGGGGCGACGCCAGUGCGCCCUUCGAAGCCAAGUUUGCGGUCGAGAUUGACCAGGCCGUUGGCACUGUCGAUUGCCAUCUCAACGGUACAACCAUCGGUCUUGGCGAGGAUGUGGUUUUCGAAUUCAAGCAAGGCACCAACUACCUGUCAGACUGCUAUGAGGAGGGGGACUUGGUCUGGGUGGUUUGUCACGACAAGAACAACAGGCCUGCCGAUUGUAUCAAGCCCGGGUGGUAG